AUGUCCGGCGUUAAGAGCUCGCUGCCCUCGCACAUCAAGGCCACUGGCAGCAUUGGCGGCGACGACGAUGGCAAGAGACACCAUGGCAAGACUCAGUCCCACAUGGCGUUCGAAAACACGUCCACAAACAUUGCGGCUGCGCAAAUGCGCAAUGCCCUGACUGAGCUCGCCGAGACCGUCACAGACCCCGCAGAGAAGAAGGCAAGUCCGAUUCCGCCAUUCAUCCCGCAUUCUGGUGCAAAACGAAAUGCUAACACUACCUUAGCUGUUUGA